AAAUGUUUAUAAAUCGUUGGUUUCAGAACUCCAGGCUCUUGGUUGGUGCGGAGUCUGCUCUACUCCGCCAUUGAUCUCCUAGUCUUCUUCAUCAAAUCCUAGCCCUAGAUCAUCACUCCUCUUCUUCUGCACCACGAUCGUCGCAUUAUUUUACAUCUCAAACCAUCCCUCCUGAUACAAACACUGCCAUGAUCACGCUUACGCCUCCUGUAAAAUAAAUGCUUCGCCGCCUCAAUUCGCGGCCUUUAGGUCAGUCAGAUUGUUGCCGAAUUGUGACUCUAAAUUUGUUUCGGUCACAAUGUCUUGGGGAUUGGGCUGGAAGAGGCCGUCAGAGGUCUUCCAUCUCAUUCUGAACUACGGCUCGGAUGAGCCGGCGGAGAAUCCUGGACGUACAUCCUCGUCUUCGUCGUCGUCCUUAUCCCCAUCUUCGUCGUCGUCUGUACUGUCUCAAGAUCAGGAACUGGGGUUUCGGAUCGAUUUGGAUUGGUCGGCUGGUGAUGAUGAGGAUCAGGUCGCGCUUAGGCUCCAGUCGCAACUAAUGGUGGCACUGCCGAUGCCGCAGGACACGGUGAUUGUUGAGUUGAGGACCGAUGAGGAGGAAGGAAAUGUAGGUGUUGAUAUGAAGGUGGUGAAGAGGAGAGAACCGUUGCGGGCCGUCACUUUGAACAAGACAGCCGGCUCAGGCCAGCAGAGCGAUGGCACUGGGGUUUUGACGCGCUUGUUGCGCUCCGAAUUUACUUCAAAACUGCCCGGAGUUGGGGACGGUGUAUCAGGUUGCGGCGAGCAUUGGAAGGCCGUCACUUUGCUUAGUCUUUGUAGUUGUGGUUUGUCGGUGUUGCCAGUUGAGAUCACUCGCUUGCCACUUCUUGAGAAGCUUUACCUUGAUAACAACAGACUAUCACUUUUACCCCCUGAGCUUGGUGAGUUGAAGAGCUUAAAAGUUCUGAGAGUGGACAGUAACAUGUUGGUUUCAGUACCUGUAGAACUGAGACAGUGUGUUGGUUUGGUGGAGUUAUCAUUGGAACACAACAAACUUGUUCGGCCCCUCCUUGAUUUCAGAGCUAUGGCUGAGUUACGGGUUCUUAGGCUAUUUGGUAAUCCUCUUGAAUUUCUUCCUGAAAUCCUGCCCCUUCACAAACUUCGGCAUUUGUCUCUUGCCAACAUCAGGAUUGUGGCAGAUGAUAAUUUAAGAUCAGUGAAUGUGCAUAUUGAGAUGGAAAAUGUUUCCUACUUUGUUGCAUCGAGGCAUAAGCUAAGUGCCUUCUUUUCUCUUAUAUUCCGGUUUUCAUCUUGCCAUCACCCUUUGCUAGCAUCUGCACUUGCAAAGAUAAUGCAAGACCAAGGUAACCGUGCAGUUGUUGGUAAAGAUGAGAAUGCAGUGCGGCAGCUUAUAAGUAUGAUAACUGGUGAUGAUCGUCAUGUGGUUGAACAAGCCUGUUCUGCUCUUUCAUCUCUUGCUGCAGAUGUAUCUAUUGCAAUGCAGUUGAUGAAAUCUGACAUCAUGCAACCCAUUGAAACAGUGCUGAAGUCUAUUUCGAGGGAGGAAGUAAUUUCUGUAUUGCAAGUUGUAGUGAAGCUGGCGUUUGCAUCUGAUAAUGUCUCUCAGAAAAUGUUGACCAAGGAUGUAUUGAAGUCACUAAAAGUUUUAUGUGCCCACAAAAAUCCAGAGGUACAAAGAUUAGCAUUGCUAGCUGUUGGAAAUCUGGCCUUCUGUUUUGAAAAUCGCCGUCUUCUGGUUACAUCUGAAAGUCUGCGAGAACUUCUGCUGCGAUUAACAGUUGCAUCUGAGCCUCGUGUGAGCAAAGCCGCGGCUCGUGCUUUGGCAAUUCUUGGGGAGAAUGAAAAUCUACGGCGUGCUAUAAGAGGAAGACAGGUGCCAAAACAAGGGCUGCGCAUACUCUCAAUGGAUGGUGGUGGCAUGAAAGGUCUGGCAACUGUUCAGAUUCUUAAAGAGAUUGAGAAAGGCACUGGAAAACAAAUACACGAGUUGUUUGACCUCAUAUGUGGCACAUCAACGGGUGGCAUGCUUGCUGUUGCCCUUGGCAUCAAGCUGAUGACAUUAGCUCAAUGUGAAGAAAUAUACAAAAAUCUUGGAAAACUUGUAUUUGCUGAUUCUGUGCCAAAGGAUAAUGAGGCUGCAACUUGGAGAGAGAAGUUGGAUCAACUUUACAAAAGCUCAUCGCAGAGUUUUAGGGUAGUUGUACAUGGAUCUAAACACAGUGCCGAUCAAUUUGAGAGGUUGUUGAAGGAAAUGUGUGCUGAUGAGGAUGGAGAUCUGUUAAUAGAGUCUGCUGUGAGAAAUGUUCCAAAGGUUUUUGCUGUGUCUACAUUGGUGAGCGUGAUGCCAGCUCAGCCUUUUGUAUUCCGUAAUUAUCAGUACCCUGCUGGAACACCAGAAAUUCCUCUUGCAAGUUCAGAGAGUUCAGCCAUCAGUAUUUUAGGAUCACCUACUACAGGUGCUCAAGUUGGCUAUAAGCGCAGUGCUUUUAUAGGAAGCUGUAAACAUCAAGUAUGGCAAGCUAUACGAGCGUCAUCUGCUGCACCGUACUAUCUUGAUGAUUACUCGGAUGAUGUAAAUCGUUGGCAAGAUGGUGCAAUAGUGGCAAACAAUCCUACAAUCUUUGCCAUAAGAGAAGCACAACUUUUAUGGCCUGAUACAAGAAUUGAUUGCCUUGUUUCCAUUGGGUGCGGCUCAGUACCAACAAAGGCACGGAAAGGUGGUUGGCGUUAUUUGGAUACUGGCCAAGUUUUGAUUGAGAGUGCAUGCUCUGUUGACCGGGUAGAGGAAGCUUUAAGCACAUUACUCCCUAUGCUCCCUGAAAUACAGUAUUUUCGUUUUAAUCCAGUUGAUGAACGAUGUGAUAUGGAGCUAGAUGAGACUGAUCCAGCUGUCUGGUUAAAGUUGGAAGCUGCAGUUGAUGAAUACGUUCAAAACAAUUCUCUUUCCUUUAAGAGUGCUUGUGAGAGGCUACUGCUACCUUUCCAACAGGACGCUAAGUUAUCUGAGAAUUUUAGAUCUCAGUAUCUCUCCAAGGCAAAGGCUUCAAGUACUGGUGAAAAAAGCCCAUGUUUAGGUUGGAGACGUAACAUUCUGCUUGUUGAAGCUUCACAUAGUCCAGAUUCUGGACGAGUUUUGCACCAUGCUCGUGCACUUGAGUCAUUUUGUUCACGGAACGGGAUACGGUUAUCCCUUAUGCAAGGAAUAUCAGGAUUUGUGAAGACAAUCCCUGCGACAACAUUCCCAACACCAUUUGCAUCACCUAUGUUUACUGGAAGCUUCCCUUCAAGCCCACUUUUAUUUAGUCCCGAUGUUGGAACUCAUAGGCUUGGUCGAAUUGAUAUGGUGCCACCUUUAAGUUUAGAUGGUCAAUCCGUUAAGGCUGCUUCAUCACCACCGAAGUCUCCUGCAGGACCCCGGCAACUUUCUUUACCAGUCCAAUCGUUGCAUGAGAAAUUACAGAAUUCUGCACAAGUGGGCAUUAUACAUUUGUCUCUUCAAAAUGACUCGCAUGGUUCAAUAUUAAGUUGGCAGAAUGAUGUAUUUGUGGUUGCUGAACCUGGGGAGCUUGCUGAUAAAUUCCUACAAAGUGUUAAAAGGAGUCUAUUGUCAGUGCUGCGGAGCCGCAGAAAAGCUGGAUCACUACUUGCAAAUAUUACAACUGUUUCUGAUUUGGUUGCAAGUAAACCGUACUUCCAAAUUGGAGGCAUUGUCCACCGAUAUAUUGGACGCCAGACUCAAGUUAUGGAGGAUGAUCAAGAAAUUGGGGCAUACUUGUUUCGGAGAACAGUUCCUUCGAUGCACUUAACACCCGAGGAUGUUCGUUGGAUGGUCGGUGCUUGGAGGGACAGAAUCAUAAUUUGCACUGGGAUGUAUGGGCUGACGGCAUCUUUGAUUAAGGCUUUUCUAGACUCGGGUGCCAAGGCUGUUAUAUGUUCUUCGGUUGAGCCUCCUGAGACACAACCGCUCACAUGGAAUGAAUCUGGGGAAUUCAGUAAAUAUGAAAAUGGGAAGUUUGAAAUCGGUGAGGAAGAGGGUGAAGAUGAAGAGACUGAACCUGUCAGCCCCAUCAGUGAUUGGGAAGAUAGUGAUCCAGAGAAAAAUGGUGACCGCUCUACUGGUAUUUGGGAUACAGACGAGGAAGAAUUGUCACAGUUUGUAUGCCAACUGUAUGACUCAUUGUUCCGGGAGGGAGCCAAUGUGGACUUUGCUCUACAUCAUGCUCUUGCCUCACAUCGCAAAUUGAGGUAUUCAUGCCAUCUUCCCACAAUACAGUAAUUUUUUAGAUGAUAAAUCUCGUAUAAUAGGAAAUGAAAAUUAACACAAAACCAUAGCGAGAGAGAGAGAGAGUAUAGGACACCGACAGUGAAUAUUUUUUUGAGAAAAAUAAGAGAGAACAUUCAGUUUUGAGGCCGUACCAAACCAAAAAAAGAGAAAGAAAAGGUAGUCUACAACAUGUAACGUUGAAUAUUUUAAUGAGAAGCUUUUUAUUUAUUUAUUUA